AUGGCGGAUUAUGGUGUAUAUGCUUGCCUGAGCUACACAUGGGGUCGACAAAAUACGGCUGUGACGACCACACAAAACCUUCAUGAUCGCCUAGACGACUUGCCGUUCGACAGUCUUCCUCAAACAUACAAGGACGCCGUCACGGUUGCUGCACUCUUGGAUAUUCCCUUUUUGUGGAUUGACGGUCUUUGUAUCAUUCAAGGCGAUACCGACUCAAAAGACUGGGCCGAGCAAUCUUCACUGAUGGCGGAAAUCUACGGAAACGCAAUUCUGGUGAUUGCGGCUGCUGAUCACAGUUGGCUUGGGUGGUCCACAUUGGCGGAACCAAAAUCCCACGGGACGCUCAGCCGCAGCUGGUGUUUCCAAGAGGAAAUGAACUUCCAAUGUCUUGAAGACGAAUACCGAUGCGAAUGUGCAUUCCCCGCCGCACCCCUGGGCCUUGUCACGAUCAAGGAGCUGUACGAGCCUCGCUUGGAACUAGGCGAUAUGGAAACUCCAAAUUGGAUGUGGCAGAGUACCGUCGAGCACUACACCCGACGGAAGCUGACGGUGGCCACCGACAGGCUUACUGCGCUAUCUGGAGUCGCCCGGGUCGUGCAGUCAAGUCUCCGCACAAAGUACGCCGCCGGCCACUGGGUGGAUCGCGACUUUCUGUGCAGCUUGUGUUGGGCGCCUGUGAGAAACAGGGAAACCGAGCGUACCUACUCACAAGAUUACGUUGCUCCAUCGUGGUCAUGGGCUGCCCAUAACGGACCUAUCACCAUGUGGAUCCCUUAUGGCGCAACAGAAGAUGAUACGGGCGCUGUGACUGGGGGGAGUGUAACUGUUAGCGGCGUCUUCCUCGAUGUUUCAGUGUUAAUGACAUCAAGAGAGCAAUCCGCAGGCGUCAUGAUCAGAAGCUCGGAGAAAAUCCCAUUUUACUUCGAUCGACCAACGGAAGCAGUGAGAGACACUGACAAGUACUUUUGUUGGAUUGUUUGCAUAUUGCCGAGUCCGGCUGUUAGUAAAAAGAGAACUGAAACAUACUGUUUGAUGGUACUCCGCAGUAUGCCUGGCGGACCUGCUCAUUUUUGCGAGCGCGUAGGUUUCACCGACUUUGAUGGAUUAGCUUCUGACCCUUCUAUGAAGUUUUUUAAGGGUUUCAGAGAUUCCAUUAGAACUGCCGUAAUAAUCUGA